AUGUCGGAAAGAGAACGCAUUUGUUUCGUCGUUCACGAUGAGGUGGAAAUUAAGCCCGUCCUAGAAUACAACAAGGCAGAAGAUGUUGUGGAUGGGUUUGAAGAUUUUGGCAAGGACAGAAGGUCCAAAGAGAUGGCUAGGAGAUGUCUUUUUUUUAUGAUCAAGGGCAUAUGUUCCGACUGGAAAUUUAUUAUAAGCUUUUAUCCUGUUUCUAAAAAUACGACAAAAGCCGUAUUGCACAAUGUCCUGAGAUUACACAUGGCUAUAAAACGAAUAGCGGCGAAGUUAUCAAUUUCGAAUAUGUUCGUAGAAUAUAUGAAUUUGAACUUCAAGAUAUGUCCCAAAUUGACGGAAAAACACAUAAAUCCAAAAUUGUGGGAUAAAAUGAGUGUCAGUAGAGCUACUGAGGUUUUAAGCAAUUCUGUAGCUGCCGCAAUGCAUGCCUGUAUGCAAAAUGGUUGUAUUUUAGACGAUGCUACCGACAGCUAA